AUGUCUUGCAGAGCUCCGAAGGACGCUGCGCUUUCCUUGUGCGUGGACGUCCUGGCUUGCAAGGGAGCCCCCCCGGGAGACAGGCUGAACCACGAGGGGAAGGACGCCACGACGCUGCUGAAUCUGCGGGCGGCGAAGCGCGUGGACGGGAAGUCUCUGCAUAAGCAGGUGUUCUGCGCCCUGGUGCCCGCGGAGAGCUGCUUCGCAGAUGCCUUGGACAGGCGGACGCACUCGUUGUCCGCUGAGCAGAAGGAGCACCGCAAGACGAACCGCCUGCGACAGGUCCUGGUCGCAAAGACGGUCGACGAGGUGAACCUGGAGCAGCCUUGGACGAAGCGGGCCUGCGUCCAUCGGACCGUGCGCUACGGUGGCCUCCUUGAGAAGGACACCGUGGCACUGCUGACGCUUGCCGUUCCCGAGUGCGGCGCGCUGAAAGAGGGCGGGUGCCUGCCUGGCCCUGACGGGGUCCUGGAUGAGGAAUUCAUCCAGACGGCGGCGGAGCACAAAGCGCUGAAGACGAGGCUGCCGACGCUCCAGAGGAUGUACAAGUGGAAUGGUGAGCAGGCCACUUCUCCGACGGCGAAAGAGUUCAGGCGGCGCCUGGCCGCGCGCGUGGAUCUGCGGCGCCCCAAAGCGCAGGGCGACCUGAGGCUGCAGUUUCGCCCGUGCGAGAUGAGCAAGAUCGCGGGCAUUGUGCGUCGCAGCGCCGGCUGGGCGCGCAGGGCGCCAUCUGCGCCCGCGAAGGAGCUCUCGCGGGAGUUCAUUCCGGGCCCCAAAUGUUUCAUGAAGGACGCCGCGAAGGUGGCCGAGCUGCUGCCCACCGACUGGCGCAAGGAGCGGUGGCCUCUGAUUCCAGCCGAGGAGCUGGACGCCUCGAGCGCGGACCUGCCACGCCCGGCCCGGGAUGGGGAAACCCUCGUGACCGCGAAUGUGUUCAUGCACCAGCGACGCGCCUCUUUGGGCGCCCGCGCGGGCUCGGGGCGGGCCUGCGUCCGCAACCGCUGCAAGGACUGCCGCAAGGGGCAGAAGCCGCGCCUCGCGCCCCAUGCCCUUUCCAACUUCCCUGGGCUCGGCCGCCGCCCGCCCGAGUUCUGGGGCGCGUCCAUCGGGCGCCAGCUCCUCCUCGCGCUAGGCCGCGUCGCGCCCACCAAGGCGCACCUGUCCGGCAGUGGGGUCGGCGAGGCAGCCAGGCAGCGCGCGACGACGCAGACGCGGGAAUUCCUCCAGGAGGGCAUGCCGGGCCGCACUAUCGCGUUCCCGCAUGGGAGCAUCGACGACGCCGUGAACAGCUUCCCGCCCGGCGAAAACGUGUUCCAGCAUACCUUCGCUGCGGUGUUUCACCGGGGCGCAGGCAGGCCCGCGGCCGCGAGUUACGCGUGCGCAGACGAGAACGUCAAGUACAGGGCGGACCUGAGGGGCGCCCUGCCCGCGGAGCGCGCGGUCCCUUCCUGCGCGCUGGCGCGCGCUCGUCUCGCCCAGGUCGACCCCGGCGACGCGGGCGAGACGCGGGCGCAAGGGCCCGCCACCUCGAUGGCCGCAGGUUCGCAGGAGAAGGAGGCCGCGGAAGGCGUGGACGCUGCGGCGCGGGUGAAGAACCUCUCUGUCCUGGAAGACGACGCUGCCGAUGCCGCGGAGCUCUGCG